GGGGCGGUGCCGGGAGGGGCGCGCACGGCGCCGCGGCCGCCGGGCCCAGCAGGUGACCGCGGCCCGGGGUUGGAGCCGGAGCGGAUCGUGGGCAGCGCCGCGAGGAGACGGCGCGCGGGGCCGGGCGAAGUUUGGUGGAACAUGGCGGAAGAGUCCGGGGCGCGCAGGGGCGCGGCGCGGUGGCAGCCGGAGCCCUGGGAGCUGUAGCCGCCGCCGCCGCCGCCGCUGCCGCGGGGCGAGGUCGCCGCCAUGGCCCGCUGGAUCCCGACCAAGAGGCAGAAGUACGGAGUUGCAAUCUAUAACUACAAUGCCUCUCAAGAUGUGGAGCUGUCCUUGCAGGUUGGAGACACGGUUCACAUCCUGGAGAUGUAUGAGGGUUGGUACAGAGGAUAUACCCUCCAAAAUAAAUCUAAAAAGGGUAUUUUCCCUGAAACGUAUAUCCAUUUGAAAGAGGCCACUGUAGAAGACCGUGGGCAGCACGAGACUGUGAUUCCCGGGGAGCUCCCACUGGUACAGGAGCUCACCUCGACACUGCGGGAAUGGGCCGUCAUCUGGCGCAAGCUCUACGUGAACAACAAGGUCACGCUCUUCCGCCAGCUGCAGCAGAUGACGUACAGCCUGAUCGAGUGGCGGUCCCAGAUCCUGUCUGGAACCCUCCCCAAGGACGAACUGGCAGAGCUCAAGAUGAAGGUCACAGCCAAAAUCGAUCACGGGAACAGAAUGCUGGGGUUGGAUCUGGUCGUGCGGGACGACAACGGGAACAUCUUGGACCCAGAUGAAACCAGCACCAUCGCCCUCUUCAAGGCCCAUGAAGUGGCCUCGAAGAGGAUUGAGGAAAAGAUUCAAGAAGAGAAGUCAAUCCUGCAGAAUCUGGACUUGCGGGGCCAGUCCAUCUUCAGUGCCGUGCAUACCUACGGCCUCUAUGUGAACUUCAAGAACUUUGUCUGCAACAUUGGGGAAGAUGCAGAGUUGUUCAUGGCCCUCUACGACCCGGACCAGUCCACGUUCAUCAGUGAAAACUACCUAAUUCGUUGGGGCAGCAAUGGAAUGCCCAAGGAGAUCGAGAAGCUUAAUAACCUUCAAGCGGUCUUUACUGACCUCAGUAGCACAGACCUCAUCCGGCCCCGCAUCAGCCUCGUGUGCCAAAUUGUCCGGGUUGGCCACAUGGAGCUGAAGGAGGGCAAAAAGCACACAUGUGGACUCCGGAGACCCUUUGGAGUGGCAGUGAUGGAUAUUACCGAUAUCAUACAUGGGAAGGUGGAUGAUGAAGAAAAGCAACAUUUUAUUCCGUUUCAGCAAAUUGCCAUGGAAACCUAUAUCCGGCAGAGGCAGCUAAUCAUGUCGCCCCUGAUAACAUCCCAUGUGAUUGGGGAGAAUGAGCCACUCACUUCAGUCUUGAAUAAAGUGAUAGCAGCCAAGGAAGUGAAUCACAAAGGACAAGGACUUUGGGUGUCCUUGAAGCUCCUGCCGGGGGACCUCACACAGGUUCAGAAAAACUUUUCACACUUGGUGGAUAGAUCCACAGCAAUCGCCCGGAAAAUGGGCUUUCCUGAAAUAAUCCUUCCAGGAGAUGUUCGGAAUGAUAUUUACGUCACCCUGAUCCAUGGGGAGUUUGACAAAGGGAAAAAGAAGACACCGAAGAACGUGGAGGUGACCAUGUCUGUGUAUGAUGAGGAGGGCAGGCUCUUGGAGAAAGCAAUUCAUCCUGGUGCUGGAUACGAAGGCAUUUCCGAGUACAAAUCAGUGGUCUAUUACCAAGUCAAGCAGCCCUGUUGGUAUGAGACUGUCAAGGUAUCCAUUGCUAUAGAAGAAGUUGCUCGCUGCCAUAUAAGAUUUACCUUCCGACACCGGUCAUCUCAGGAAUCCAGAGAUAAAUCGGAGCGAGCCUUCGGGGUGGCCUUCGUGAAGUUGAUGAACCCGGACGGCACCACUCUGCAGGAUGGGAGGCAUGAUCUGGUGCUUUAUAAGGGUGACAACAAGAAAAUGGAAGAUGCUAAAUUCUACCUGACCCUGCCUGGAACCAAAGUGGAGAUGGAAGAAAAGGAGCUCCAAGCAUCCAAAACCCCAGCCAACUUUACGCCAAACAAGGAUAGCACAAAAGAUAGCUUUCAGGUCGCCACCCUCAUCUGCUCCACAAAGCUCACUCAGAACGUUGACCUGUUAGGCUUGUUAAAUUGGCGUUCGAACCCUCAGAACAUUAAACACAACUUAAAGAAGUUAAUGGAGGUGGAUGGAGGAGAAAUUGUUAAGUUUUUGCAAGAUACGCUAGACGCACUUUUUAACAUAAUGAUGGAAAUGUCAGACGAUGAAACAUAUGACUUCCUUGUGUUUGAUGCACUGGUGUUUAUUAUUUCACUGAUAGGCGACAUCAAGUUCCAGCAUUUCAAUCCCGUCCUGGAGACCUACAUUUACAAGCACUUCAGUGCCACUCUGGCCUAUGUAAAACUCUCCAAGGUACUGAACUUUUACGUGGCGAAUGCAGAUGACUCCAGCAAGACGGAAUUGCGUUUCGCUGCUUUGAAAGCCUUAAAGUACUUGUUUAGGUUCAUCAUCCAAUCUAGAGUGCUCUACUUGAGAUUUUAUGGCCAAAGUGAAGAUGGAGAUGAAUUUAGUAAUUCAAUCCGCCAGUUAUUUCUCGCUUUCAAUAUGCUGAUGGACAGGCCUCUGGAGGAAGCUGUCAAGAUCAAGGGGGCAGCCUUGAAGUACCUUCCUAGCAUCAUUAAUGACGUCAAACUUGUGUUCGAUCCAGUUGAGCUCAGCGUGCUCUUCUGCAAGUUCAUUCAGAGCAUCCCUGACAACCAGUUAGUUCGCCAGAAACUGAACUGCAUGACCAAGAUAGUAGAGAGCAAUCUUUUCCGGCAGUCGGAGUGCAGAGACGUGUUGUUGCCUCUGCUGAUAGACCAGCUCAGCGGCCAAUUAGACGACAACUCCAGCAAGCCUGACCAUGAGGCCAGCUCGCAGCUUCUGAGCUACCUCCUGGAAGUUCUGGACAGGAAGGAUGUGGGUCCCACGGCGCUGCACGUACAGCUGAUAAUGGAACGGCUGCUGAGAAGGAUCAACCGGACCGUGAUUGGGAUGAGCCGACAGUCUCCCCACAUCGGGAGUUUCAUUGCUUGCAUGAUUGCCAUCCUGCGGCAGAUGGACGAGAGCCACUACAGCCACUACAUCAGCACUUUCAAGACCAGACAAGACAUUAUUGACUUCCUCAUGGAAACUUUUAUCAUGUUUAAGGAUCUAAUUGGAAAGAACGUCUACGCCAAAGACUGGAUGGUCAUGAAUAUGACACAGAGCAGGGUUUUCCUCCGUGCCAUAAAUCAGUUUGCUGAGGUUCUCACAAGAUUCUUCAUGGAUCAGGCAAGCUUUGAACUUCAGCUGUGGAACAAUUACUUCCAUUUGGCAGUCGCUUUUCUCACCCACGAGUCCCUUCAGCUUGAAACCUUCUCACAAGCCAAGCGCAACAAAAUUGUAAAAAAAUACGGGGACAUGAGAAAGGAAAUCGGCUUUAGGAUCCGGGACAUGUGGUAUAACCUGGGUCCCCACAAAAUCAAAUUCAUCCCAUCCAUGGUGGGUCCCAUUCUGGAGGUCACACUGACCCCCGAAGUAGAGCUCCGGAAAGCCACCAUCCCCAUUUUCUUUGAUAUGAUGCAGUGUGAGUUCAAUUUCAGUGGAAAUGGCAAUUUCCAUAUGUUUGAGAACGAGUUGAUCACAAAGCUGGACCAAGAGGUGGAAGGGGGAAGAGGAGAUGAACAAUACAAGGUCCUUCUGGAAAAACUGCUUCUAGAACAUUGCCGGAAACAUAAAUACCUCUCCAGCUCCGGAGAAGUAUUCGCGCUCCUGGUCAGCAGCCUCUUAGAGAAUCUCUUGGACUACAGAACCAUUAUCAUGCAUGACGAGAGCAAGGAAAACCGCAUGAGCUGUACCGUUAACGUGCUGAAUUUUUACAAAGAAAAGAAGAGAGAGGACAUCUACAUAAGAUACUUGUACAAGCUGCGGGAUUUGCACCGGGACUGUGAGAACUACACCGAAGCUGCCUACACACUCCUCCUGCAUGCUGAGCUCCUGCAGUGGUCUGACAAGCCCUGUGUACCCCAUUUGCUUCAGAGGGACACUUACUAUGUGUAUACCCAGCAAGAGCUUAAAGAGAAGCUGUAUCAAGAAAUCAUAUCGUAUUUUGACAAAGGCAAGAUGUGGGAGAAGGCAAUCAAGCUGAGCAAAGAGUUGGCUGAGAAUUAUGAGAGCAAAGUAUUCGACUACGAGGGCCUGGGUGAUCUCCUGAAAAAAAGAGCCUCAUUUUAUGAGAACAUCAUUAAGGCAAUGAGGCCUCAGCCUGAAUACUUUGCUGUUGGCUACUACGGACAGGGCUUUCCUUCUUUCCUACGGAACAAGAUCUUCAUCUACCGGGGGAAGGAGUAUGAGAGGCGAGAAGACUUCAGCCUGCGGCUGCUGACCCAGUUUCCCAACGCUGAGAAGAUGGCCAGCACCACGCCCCCAGGAGAGGACAUCAAGUCCUCCCCCAAGCAGCACAUGCAGUGUUUCACCGUAAAGCCAGUGAUGAGCCUGCCGCCCAGCUACAAAGAUAAACCAGUUCCAGAGCAGAUCUUAAACUACUACAGAGCCAAUGAAGUACAGCAGUUCAGAUAUUCUCGGCCGUUCCGGAAAGGAGAAAAGGAUCCCGACAAUGAGUUUGCUACCAUGUGGAUUGAAAGGACCACGUAUACGACUGCCUAUACCUUCCCUGGGAUUCUCAAGUGGUUUGAAGUCAAACAGAUUUCAACAGAGGAAAUCAGUCCUCUGGAGAAUGCCAUUGAAACCAUGGAGCUCACCAAUGAGAAGAUCAGCAACUGUGUCCAGCAGCACGCCUGGGACCGGUCCCUCUCCGUGCAUCCCCUCUCCAUGCUGCUCAGUGGCAUCGUGGACCCGGCUGUCAUGGGGGGCUACUCCAACUAUGAGAAGGCUUUUUUUACAGAAAAGUACUUGCAGGAGCAUCCUGAAGACCAGGAGAAGAUCGAGCUGCUAAAGCGACUAAUAGCGUUGCAGAUGCCUCUGCUGACAGAGGGGAUCCGCAUCCAUGGGGAGAAGCUGACGGAGCAGCUGAAGCCACUGCACGACCGGUUGUCUUCUUGCUUCCGGGAACUCAAGGAGAAAGUGGAAAAGCUCUAUGGGGUUAUAACACUGCCGCCCAACUUGACGGAGAGGAAGCAAAACCGCACAGGGUCUAUGUUGCUCCCCUACAUCAUGUCGUCCACACUGCGGAGAUUGUCCAUCACCUCGGUGACGUCCUCUGUGAUCUCCAGCUCUUCUAACUCAUCUGAUAAUGCUCCUUCCAGACCAGGAUCUGAUGGGUCCAUCCUGGAGCCCCUUUUGGAGCGCAGAGCCUCGUCAGGGGCCAGAGUGGAAGAUCUGUCCCUCAAAGAGGACAGUGAGAACCGGAUGAGCAAGUUCAAGAGGAAAGACUGGAGUCUGAGCAAAUCCCAGGUCAUCGCAGAGAAAGCAUCAGAACCUGAUCUGAUGAGCCCAGCCAGAAAAGCACAAAGGCCAAAGAGUCUCCAGCUGUCGGACAAUCGGCUGACACCGUUUCAUGGCUCUUCCCUGCCUCAGUCAACACCCCUGAGCCCACCCCCGCUCACUCCUAAAGCGACCAGGACCCUGAGCUCUCCAUCUUUGCAGACAGAUGGGCUGGUGAUGGCUACAGUCCCACCUCCCCCUCCACCCAAAAGCAAGCCCUACGAGAGCAGCCAGAGGAACUCCACAGAGAUUGCAGCCCCACUGCCUGUCCUAAGAGAAGCCAAAGCCCCGCCCCCUCCACCUCCAAAAGCUCGGAAGUCGGGCAUCCUUUCUUCUGAACCUGGAUCCCAGUAAGGAUCUUGUCCUCUCUCUGGAACUCUGAUGCCUGGGAGCUGGCCUCGCGGAGGCAGUGUCCUCAUGGGUCCCCUGCUGGCUGCCUCUCCUCAUCUGGGGUUGAGGUUCGCCUGCUCAAAACUGAUUUCAUUCUUUAGAAAGCUUUUCUUUGAUCGAUGCCCGAGGCCACGCCAUAUCUCCUCCAGUCCAUGAGGAAUCCCGGAAUUGGCCGUGCCCCGUGUUUCUCCCUCACCAUUAUUACAUUUCAGCCUCCAGCACAGUGCCACCGGGGUCUACGAAAGCCUGGAUAAGUUCAUCAGUGGUGGUGGGAAAACCCCAGUAACCUAUUCCUUGGAGGAAUUUUUUGCUUUGCUUCUGAAAAGCUGUGCUUGAGAUGUAGUUUUCUCACGUGGACAUACCUUGUUCCAUACAACAUAUUGGAAGAGACCAACAUCAAGUACUUUGGUAGCCGGAAUCAUCUGUCUUUCUGAGGUCUCCUGUGUCUCCUCUGUGGAAAAGAACAUCUUUUUAAUGGAAAUCGGCUGCUUUCAAGUAUGAAUGGCUAUCAUUAUCGAAAGAACAUGGACUCGGUCGUGAGCCCUGAGCACCUGUGUCCCCCCACCCAUCUGUGACAUGGAAAAGCUUCCCUCCUUUCCCCCGCCCCGUGCCAGGAGUUCCCUCACACUCCCGACUAAUGGUCCUAACUGCAUGGCAGUCACUCCUUCCUACCAUGGACUCCUGAGGCUCUGUCUUUUGCACACAGUUUCUUGUCCUGUUACCUCCUCUGAGCUCAAAUCACUGGAUAUAAGGGACUUAGAAGUCCGGAUUGAACUGCUUCUCUUCCACAUCCCAUUGGAAUGGCUCGGCAGGCCCUGUCUGCAGCCUGAUUUUACCCUGGAGAAUACAGUGCAAUAUCUCGGUUUGAUUAUUUAUUCCUCUUGAUUGUGGAAUUAAUUUGAUGACAUAUUCAUGGUACUCAUGUCAAUCCUCUUUUCAGAAGAGAAAGUGUGGGGUGCUUCAGAAGAUCAAAUAUUACCACCAGAUGCAGAAACAGCCACACAAAGUUAUAGACCUUUUGAGCUGGAAGGGCCUUAAAGCUCAUAGAGGCACCCUCCCCCCCUCAUUUUGUAGAUAAGGAAAUUGAGGCUAAACACAGAAAAUCCUACUACAGAUUCUUUCUAAGAACCCAGCUCGUGCAUUGAGGUUAUACCCAGAUAACGUCUCUAGAAGUCAACCCUGACAAAUUCUUCAGUCCCUACCCCUAGUUGGAACAACAGUGGAAAUGUCCCAGAUGUUUCUAUACUGUUUGGGUGUUUAUGGCAAAAUAGAAACCUUUUUGACUGCGGAUGCCCUGGGUCAACCUGUGGGUAUGCUCACCGGGGGCUCUUCCACAGCCUGGCCAGGUCCCCUUUCCUUCGAGGUAGACAAGAAGGAGAGAGAGAUUUCACGUCUGAGAAUUUGGGUUUGCUUGCCUGCGUCUUCGUGUGUCGGUUUCACCCCUUUUAGGAGAGCCAUGUGAAUUCAUCACAGGGUCAGGGAAGUAAAAACCUCUGAGAUGUGUCCAGGGUUACUCAAGACAUGAGUGUGCAUAUUUAAAAGUGCCGCGUUCUUUCCUUUGCUCCACGCAGGAGCACCUUCAGUGUGACGAAAUGGGAAGAAACCCGGGCUCUGGAAGUAACCCGUUGGGGUUUGAAUCAAUCCAGCUAUGUGCUCUCUCAGCUUUGCAAACUCCCUCAAAUUCUUUGAAAUUGUCUUGAGUUUUCAUGUCUUCACCUUUCAAAAUGGGGACCAUCCCUACCAUGCAAGCUGCCUUGGGGUUCAAGUGAGACCAAAUACGUGAAGUAAGUCCUCACGAAAUGUGCCUUUCUUGUCUCUGCUGGGCCUGGGUAAGACCUGGAACUCUCCACGAGCAUGAUUGAUGUUCCUUUUUUUUUUUUUUUUUUUU